AUGGGCAGCCCUAUUCCAGCUGUCGUGAGGAAAAAAUCCAUAGGAUUGGAGUUUACUGGCAGUGCUGGUUACCCGCUGGUGGACUUGGUCUUGAGUGACAUGCUCCAAGUCCCGGUCCAGGACGUAUAUGGUGUCGAGCUGGUCACUGCUCACCAUGUCAUCAUCAAGUUUGUGGGUGAGGCAGUGUACCGUGAUUUUCUUCGGAGGUACGAGGGGCGUAGUUUGCAGCUGCAGGACGGCACUGGGUCUGUGACCAUUUCGGACCGUAGUGGUGCUGUGACAUAUGCUGCCGGGUGUACUGUUGAUCAGGUCGCUCCCAUGAAUUUGUUCCGAGAAGAGGAUUUCCCGCCACUCCCUCUGGAGAAGGACUCCGGGGGUGAAGAGGUGAGUGUCCCGUUCGCUGCUGAGGAUCCCCCGGAGUCGCCCGUUGUUAACUCGAUUGUCGCCAGCCCUCCUCUGGCUGUUGCGGUGCCGUCUGAUGUUACACCUGCUCCUGUCUCUGGCCCUGCUGCUCCCUGUGUUAUUGAUAUCUUUGAGUAUGCUAUUAAUGUCUUUGAGUGUGUUAUUGAUGUCUUUGAGUAUGCUAUUAAUGUCUUUGAGUGUGUUAUUGAUGUCUUUGAGUGUGUUAUUGAUAUCUUUGAGUAUGCUAUUAAUGUCUUUGAGUGUGUUAUUGAUGUUUUAGGAUGUGUUAUUGAUGUCUAUGGAUGUGUUAUUGAUGUCUUUGGUAAGAUUAUUGAAGUUUUUGAUAAGUUGGAAAAUGGGCAAGAUGAAGGAGGAGUAGGGGGAGAGGGAGGGGAAGAUAAGGGCAAAAGAGAGUUGGGGAAGGAAUGGGAGGGAAGCUGCUUCUGGGAAAUUCGUGAACCCAGAGAGUGGGAAUGCAUCUUCUGCCAAACAAUCACAGAAAAGUCACUACUUGACUAUGUCAUAGAAUGUGAAGCAACCAACAACCUUAGAAGAGCUCUAAUAGUCCCUAAAUCAUGCAGAAUCACAAUGAUACUUCAUCGACACCAGAGUGUGAUGGCGGUGGUCACCAUGCUGGCUAGUGCUGCUCCAGUAUGUGGUCAGCAAGUUGGUGGGCCCAGAGUGCAGGUGGGCGAGAUGGUGGGUCGGGUGGCGGAGGAGGUGGGCGAGAUAGUGGGUCAGGUGCUAAAGCACCGUGUUUCAGACUGUCACCUGGUUCUUAUCACAACUGCUCGUCACUCACCUGUCCUUUCUUUACUGUUGAGACAAUCGAUUAUUACUGGGACUGCUUAUGUGGUCGUGGAGACGGGGUCAGUGGUCUCCCAGGACCAGGUGACCCGGGACCACCUCCUCCAGCAGCUAUGGGGAGACGCCACAACCACCUGCCGGGGACUCGUCCUCGACCUCACCUCCACCACCACAAACAUCACCAACAACACUUUAAGGUUACUGGAGGAAAGUGAUAUGUGGCAGCUGCCGGAAACUGUGGUGGUGGCCGUGGGCGGGAGGACAGGGGUGAGGGCAGUGCUCCUCCACCACAGUCUCCGCAACACCCGCCACGCCCUCUACCUCGCCCUCCACCACCACACCCUCCACCUCGCUCUCCACCACUACCCCUCUCUCAACAUCCUCCUGCCACAGGGUAUUUCAAGGCUCGAGAAGGUCCAUGGAAUGAAAGUUGCUGCUGUUGUAGAAGCAAGUAGCUGCUUGCUGAUCUACCGCCGGUGUCUCUACUGCAACAACGGGCAGAACGGCGUUCAGGUUAUCCUUCACAACUACUUAAACUUCCCUGAACUAUAUGACAACAUCUUAACUAUCAAUGAAGAUCUCCAGGACAUGAGAGGACACAAGUUCCUGCUCACAACUCGACCAUACUUCCCGUACUGUGACUAUUAUGCUGUUAAUAAUAAACCCGAAGCCUUGGUUAUCCUCAAGGACUCCCUCGACACCCGGAUCCUCAAUAUCUUUGCCAUGAAGCUGAAUUUUAGCUACGAAGUAAGAGAAGCUCCAGGUCGCGCCUUCGGAGACGAGAAGAGCCGUGGCCAGUACACGGGUAUGAUUGGUCAGCUGCAGCGGGAGGAGGCAGACUUCAGCACCAUCAUAGCGCCCACAGCGGGCCGCCUCAGAUUUGCUCUGUUUGCUCGAAUAUAUCCCUCUGAUAAGAUGGUCAUAACGUCUCUGAAGCCUGAGCCGUUACCUGCAAGCCUCGCAAUUAUUCGACCAUUUGCAGGAGAGCUGUGGGUGGCGCUGCUGAUGAGCGUGGGGGCGUGGGGCGUGAGCCUGUGGCUGCUGCAGAGGGCGUGGCAGUGGGUGGUGGGAGGUCGUGAGGUGGACCUUAUCACCUCCCUCCUCUACGGCUACGGUGCACUCCUCCAGAACCUGCCCUCCGACCCAACCAUCAGCAUUUCGGGCAGGGUAAUGAUGGCCUGGUGGCUGGUGUUUUGUCUCGUCAUCAGCACAGGUUACAAUUCUUCACUAAUUGCUCAUCUCACAGUGCAAGGAAUGACUCAGAGUUUAGACACCUUCCAAGACCUUCUGAACCAACGCAACUGGAGGUGGGGGACUGAGCCCUGGCAGUUCAGCGGAGCAACUUUAGAAUAUUUCUCGAAAAACCCCGACCCCGUGGUAAAGGCGAUCAAUAGUCCUAUGGAGGUAAUGGACAUCAAAGAAUCACUUGAUAAGGUGCUGGAAGGACAGUUUUCCUUUAUUAGCGUCAAGAAUUACGUGAAGGUGUUUGUGGAGUCUUGGUACACUAAUGAUAAGGGUGAAACUCCUCUCUACAUCAGCAACAACGGCAUCUAUGUCCUGGCCUGUUUUGGCUGGGCCUUCAGAAAAGGUGUUCCAUUUUAUGAACGAUUUAAUCGCCUUGUUUCGAGACUGGAUGAUGCUGGUAUUACUGACUUUUGGACGAAUGAGGUGAUUGCCAGACGCGUUAAGGAAAACAGAGACUCUGCGAACCUGGAUAUUUUGGCAAACCUGAACCAGAACGACAAAGACGUCGUGUUGAGCCUGCACCACCUGCAGGGCGCCUUCUACCUCCUGCUGGUGGGCUCCAUCGUCGCCUUCCUCGCCCUGCUGGGGGAGAACCUCGCCCACUGCUGGUCCUCGCCCCAGUAA